UCCAGUUCUCCCGCGGCAGUAUGGAGGCUCUUCCGGUAGCUGGCGAUGCCUAAUGUCGGACCCACAGGCACUAGUUUACCUCGAAAACAGCUACUGGAAGUGAACUAUUAGUGUAAGAACGUGCGUUACCUUUAAUUGAUUUUAUGCGAAGUGACCUAGAGUGUAAAGUGAGAGAGAUCAGGUCGGUGUUAGUGCCUAUUGAUCUGGAGUGUCCACAGUCUGUGGGUGUCUGUGUGUGGUGCCUGCCAGGCCAGUCAUACCAAUACACAGCUGCAGGCCUUACGUUGGUGGUGUUGAUGGUGUGGUAUCGGUGGUGAGAGAAGUGGACGGCCGCGUGUGGUGUCGGUGUUGAGUUUAGUGGGCGGUGUAGGUGGUGAGGGAAGUGGGCGUCCCCGUGUGGUGGUGGUGGUAAGAGAAGUGGGCGUCCCCGUGUGGUGGUGGUGUUGAGUGGAGUGGGCGUCCCCGGGCAGCGGUGUUGGGCGGGUGAGGCGGGGGCGCGGCAUGGGGUGUGCCCAGGUGGUGGUGCUGGCGGGCAGCGGGCCAGCGGCGGGCCUCGCGGGGCGCCACCAGCCCGCUGGAGGCAGGUAGGCACUGCCCCCCUGCUGCCCCCGUGCCGGCGACCCUGCCCUGCCACUGCUGCUCUUCCUCACACUCCGUUACUGCUGAUAUUCCUGCUGGUGCUGGUGCACGUGAGCGCGCGCCCACAAGCCCAGUAAGCACGAUACUCAUCUGAAGUUGUGGGCGAGCCCAGGCUGGGUAUGGAUGCCCCCCGCCGCCCCACCCGCUCCCCCACACUACCACGGCACCACUAGACCAGCCUCCAUCAUGGCGGCUGACGGGGGGGCUGACAUCAUGCCCGACCUCUCGCACCUGACGGAGGACGAGCGGCGAAUCAUCGAGAGUGUCAUGCACAGGCACAAGAUCGAGGAGGAGAGGGAGAGCGAGCUCGUCAGGAGAACACAAGAUGAGGUCCGAGUGCUUGAAGACACGAUCCGUCUGCGCUCAGAAAUGCAGCUUAAAAAGGGCAUGGAAUUAGAGGCGACGUGCCAGAUAUGCCUCAAGACCAAAUUUGCUGAUGGAGUGGGCCACAUGUGCAACUACUGCAACAUCCGGUGCUGUGCCCGCUGCGGUGGCAAAGUCUCCCUCAGGUCAAACAAGGUCAUCUGGGUGUGCAUUCUGUGCAGGAAGAAGCAGGAGCUGCUCAUCAAGACCGGCACGUGGAUGACGUCAGGUCUGAGCCACGGGGAGAUGAUGCAGGUGGAGCAUGACGACUACUCAGGGGAUAUGGACCAGUACCCAGGCCCCGGGCUAGGUGAGCCUGGGGGGCCUCGGAGGGAGAAACACUACCACAGGGACUAUCGGCUCCCAAAGGAUGAAAUUCGGGACUAUGGGUUAGGGAACCAUCGGGACCUGGAGUCCUUCCCAAGGGACUUGGCAGACAAGUACAGGGACAGAUAUAAUCAAUACCUAAACAGGCUAGAAAGAACUCACCAUAACCAAGUUAGUGAAGACUAUUGUGAUAAUAGGGCUACCGAUAGUAGAAAUUACACGGAAAGAAGAAAGAAAACGGUGCGCUUUAACUCGGAAGGAUGGGACACGCUGGACGAGGACAUGGAGCCCAGCGUGGACCCGCGGUGGACUAGUGCCUCUAGUGUUUAUUACGAGGAUGACCUCCCGCGACCUCCCCCGAUGGGGGGCGUCGGGAUGACCCGUGACCCGGCUGGGCCCCGGCGCGGCCUCCCCUGGUCGGGCGGUCGGGAGCCCUCCCUCCCCGCAGCCCGCAAGGAGCUGUGGGAGGUGGAGCGGCAAGAAUCACAAGACUCACAGACCAAAGAUAGCGGUAUUGACUCUGGUACAAGUAGUAACUUUAACUCCAGUGAGGACUCGAGCAAGGGAGAAGUGCCCAGAGUGUACAGACACCCAGUCUCGUGGCAGCCUAGCCAGGACGGAACGCGUAUGAUCGGGCACAUGAUUCUCAACAAGUACAUCAAGGGCGAGGUCGGGCCAACCUUCAGCGCCGCCAUUCUCGGCCUCAAGGUGGGCGGCGGCCAGAUCCUCGAGAGUGGGAAGAUCGGCGCUCUCAUUGAGAAAGUCAAGAAGGGGAGUAUAGCGGACACAGUGGGGCACCUCAGACCAGGCGACGAAGUUCUAGAGUGGAACGGACGCUCCUUGCAAGGGAAGACCUUCGAGGAAGUGUACGACAUCAUCUCCGAGUCCAGACAGGAGCCGCAGGUGGAGCUGAUCGUAUUACGUGCAAAUAUCAGCAUUAAGAAGUUUUUUGCUGAAACAUCUGUUUGCUUAUGA